AUGUCAGACGUCGCUCAGAAAAACCAAACAUCCCCGACCCCACCCGAACGCACGCAGAUAUACAUCGACAUUCUCCAGGAUAGAUACCCCUCUACUACCAGCGUAGGAGCCUUGAACGCCGGUUUGCCCUAUCCUCAAGACUAUCACAAUUUCGCGAAAGCCUCAAAUUCGAACGCGCCGCAGUCUAUCCGGACAAUCGACCCCACUUUGAUUUUUCUCGCGCCAUCAGUAAUAGACGCAACUUCGUCCUUCAUCGUCCUUUUCGACGGAGCCCCCAUUCAUAACGAAGACACGCGCUUGAGACGCCAACCGUCACCAUCCAGCGGUCAUCCUCAAAGCGGGGCGAAUGUGUUUUACAGCACAGCGCUUGUUCCUAACUUUUGGGAGGUCAUACGCACUAGCCAAGACCCGACCGUAUACUCCAUUCUCCAGGACGUCCGCCGCGUUGACGAGCAUGCUCCCCGUGAGCUCCCUCGGAGGCAGAGAUCGAUUCUUAUCUUCUCCGCGAUUUAUCAGUUCCGAUACGUGGCACCACCCGGUGCGACGGCCACAGAUCUGCUUGAAACACCGACUCAGCUCCCCGCUCCCUUUUACGGCGAGGAUGGCGUGAAUGGAGAGCCAUUUUCUACGUUUGAAGACGGCUUGCUAUACAUGAACUUAAUCAACGACUUCACGGCGGCGACUUCUUAUGACCUUUCGCUCGCUCAGAAUUAUGAUAGCCAAAACCAGCAAUAGUGGCGGCCGUUCCUAUGAUACUGUCGUAUCAGGCCUUUAGGUCGUAUAGGGUCGUAUCCUACUUACCGCUGGCAAUUUUAUAACAUCC